GUGUAGCCAGGAAAACUGCCAGUGCAUCAGGAACACAUCAGUGAGCAGAGACAAACUGGAGAAAAACUUGAAAACAUUGCAUAAGGGUAAAGCUGAAGAAAACAGAAAAUUUCUUCCUACAUCUCGAGGUGCAGUGGACAGCAGGAGAGAGAACAGACGCUGCUAGGAGCCAGGUGGUGAGUGCUACCUCACCAAAUGUGUGUCUACAGCCUGCCUCUACUGAUAAACACCUCACUAACCAUAAAUCUCUACAAGAGAUGGUUAGUUUAGACCACAAUCUCAACUCAGACAUCAGCAGCUGCAGUCCUGUGGUGAGCGUUAAGCCAUCUCUUCCUCACAGAACAUGGAGCGAUGAGGCAAAUGGUAACACAGUACCUCAGAGCGCACCUGGGCGAGGACCAGAGGAUGAUGCUCUUGGGUCAGAGCGAAAAUCUUGUGUGCCCCAAGCCAAACCAGCCCCAGGCAGCCCCUAGGAAACCUGCCCCUGUCCCUGUGCCACGGAAACCCAGGACAGCUGCUCUGGUCCGUCAGGAAAAGGUGGAGAAGGAGAGGGAAGAGGUUUUAAAUCAGGAAGGGAGGGAAAUGAACAUUAAAGAGGUGAAGGUGUCGUCAGAGGGGAAGGACAGCCCAUCCCCAUCUGUCAGCGUACCUGUUAGUGAAAGCAAGCAGAUGAUUUUUCUGUCUGCGAGGAGGGCCUGUCCCCCACCGGCCCCUCCGCCCAAGAAAAAGCCUUUUCUGUCUGCACCUGAGAGAGUGCCAGCUUCUGCUCCUGAGCCACAGCCAAAGGAUGUGGUGGAGGAAGACCUGGGUUGGGACAGCAGCAACUAUGAGAUGGAGGUAUCAGUUGACAAGGAGGAUGAAGAGGUAGAGGAUGAGAUGGAAGGAAAGGAAGAUCUGGAGGCAGUCUGCAGUGACGUCACGCACCAUCCUUCUUCUAGCCGUUCGCACAGUCAGCCGGAGAUCAGUCAGCCUCCUGCCAUCACCGUGGCAGCAGAGGAUGUGGUGGUCAAGGUGCCUCCGAGGAAACCCCAGAGACACAGCACCCCAAUGGCAUACAUGGAGAGGAAGGAAUCCUUUGAGGAGAGAGAAGACUGUGCUUUGAAGGAGAGAGUAAUGAGGGAACUGCCUUUGCCUCCAGACAAGAAAGCAAGCAGGAUUGUCAAGCCUUCACGGUCCAAACCAAGAGCCAAGUCAUUUUCUGGCGCUGACCUCAUUUGCUCCGAAGGACAGAGGAGGAACUCCUUCCGCAAACUGCUGGACUUGAAGCUCUCAGUGAAGAUGCUGCCCAAGCUGAUAGCAAAAGGAGGCCAGAACCCAGAAUGCACUGCAAACGACAAUGAACAAAGUGUGGACAUAGAGCAAAAUGAAUGUCAGAACUUUCCCCAACAUCUCAGGUGUGAACGUAAAUUCUCCUGCCCUUUGGUUGGGGUAGAGCAGAGCGUGGAUGGAGAUGAGUUUUCUUCAGGAAUACACCAACAUGAUCACUAUGAGAACGUCCGUCAUUAUGAGGAGAUACCAGACUACAUGAAUGUUCAUGUGGGAAAGGUUGGGACAUGUCCUCGGGCCUCUUUGUCACAGCCUACAGUCUGGGACGGUAACAUGUACAACGAUGAGGGUAUUUAUGAGGAGCAGGAGCCGUAUAUGUCCUUUGAGAAAAACGCUGGACACCAACAACAUCAGACACCUAACAGACUAAGCCCCAUCAAUGAGGAAGCGGCACCCCUGGGUGAAGGCCCCUCGGAUGAUGACAUCGUGGCCAACACCUCGUCCUCAGAUGAGGAGGACGAGGGCGAUAGCAGCUCUGUCUCAAGUAAAGGAGACCCCGAGCAGCCAGAGGAGAGUACGACACAGAGUGGACAGAAGAAGAGCAAGAUUCACCACAUCGCUACAGAAAUCAUGAGCUCGGAGAGUGUGUUUGUUGAUGUUCUGAGGAUGCUUCAUGUGGACUUCCGUGAUGCAGUGUCUAAAGCGUCUCGUCAGAACGGGAAGCCUGUGAUUGAGGAGCGUCUUCUCAACCAGAUCCUGUAUUACCUCCCACAACUCUAUGAACUCAACCAAGACCUGCUGAGAGAGCUGAAGCAGAGACUGGCCAAAUGGGAUGAGAAUGCGCAACUAGCAGACAUCUUCCUGAAGAAAGGGCCCUAUCUGAAAAUGUACUCCACAUACAUCCGCGAGUUUGACAAGAAUGUGGCUCUACUGGAAGAGCAGAGUAAGAGGAACCCAGCAUUCGGAGCCGUGGUCCGGGAAUUUGAGGCCAGUCCACGCUGUGCCAACUUGGCUCUGAAGCAUUAUCUACUGAAGCCGGUUCAGAGGAUUCCUCAGUAUCAGCUGCUGCUCACAGAUUAUCUGAAAAACCUCUCUGAGGACUCAAAUGAUUACAGAGACACACAAGCUGCCCUUGCUUUGGUAAAAGAUGUGGCCAAUCAUGCCAAUGACAUCAUGAAACAAGGGGAUAAUUUCCAGAAGCUGAUUCAGGUGCAGUGCAGUCUGAACGGCCACCGUGAGAUAGUCCAGCCUGGGCGGAUCUUCCUGAAAGAAGGUAUCCUGAUGAAGCUGUCCAGGAAGGUCAUGCAGCCCAGAAUGUUCUUCCUGUUUAACGACACGUUGCUGUACACCACUCCUGUUCAGUCAGGCCAGUACAAGCUCAAGAACAUGCUGAGUCUGGCUGGGAUGAAGGUUAGCAAACCAAGCCAGGAGGCCUAUCAGAAUGAGCUGAACAUUGAGAGUGUGGAGCGCUCCUUCAUUCUCUCUGCAAGUUCGGCCACAGAGCGAGAUGAAUGGCUUGAAGCCAUCUCCACAGCGAUCAGUGACUACACCAGGAAGAAGAUCAGUUUUAUAUCUGGCAGACCUCCAGAAGAGGUAGAACUGAGUGAUAGUGGUGAUGGUGCUCCUUUGGGAUCCAAAGCCCCAAUAUGGAUCCCUGACCCACGGACUACCAUGUGUAUGAUCUGCACCUGUGAGUUCUCCCUAACGUGGAGGAGACACCACUGCCGUGCAUGUGGAAAGGUGGUGUGCCAGUCCUGUUCUUCCAACAAACACUGUCUUGAAUACCUUAAGAACCAGUUUGCACGAGUGUGUGACCAGUGUUUCGUUGUUCUUCAGCAACAGAAAAGUGAACAGUGCCUAUCAGCAGCUGUAUCCCCUGGAAGCAGAGCGACCUUUGCUUUCUCCAGGAGGCAGAAGAAGAUACCUGCAGCACUUAAAGAGGUGUCAGCAAACACAGACAACUCCUCCAUGAGUGGGUAUCUGCAGAGGUCCAAGGGCAAUAAGAAGCAGGGGAAGAGGCUGUGGUUCGUCAUCAAAGACAAAGUCUUGUACACGUACGCUGCAAGUGAGGAUGUUGCAGCCUUAGAGAGUCAGCCCCUGUUGGGAUUCAUGUUGAAAGUAGAUUCAUCUCAGAAGUUACAGUUUAAGCUCUACCACAAAAACACACUUUACUACAUUUUUAAAGCGGAUGAUGCACAAACAGCCCAGAGAUGGAUCAGCUCAUUCAAAGAAGCCACUGUGCUGUAACUCCCUCAGACCGUGUGUGAAGUUAUCCAGCAUACACUCUCACCUUUGCCUGAAAAUGUUUUUACCUCAGUGCUCUCUGAAUUCUGCAAAAAGCAUCUGGAGGCACCCUAUGAAAUUAAGUACAUAUAAAGUGUUUUCCUGUUUUUAUCAGAUUAAUUGUAGUAAUCUUUUACAUUGUUUUUAGACCAUUCCUGUUAAGGUGGAAAUUACCCAUAUUAUUUUUGUAUGUUAACGUGAAUCUUUUCCACCAGGUUUUUAUAUAGUUUUGGCUAGAGCUUAAGAAUUAUGCCACAGUCAUCUGUAGCUAUUUUAGACUUUUAUGCUUUGAUUUUGUUACAACAUAUUAAUUUAAGUGUCUAGCUUGGAUCUCCAUAGCACAGAUUCAGAAGCCUAUAGAAAAGGUCUAUAGAUUUGUAAUGAAUACUGUCCUAUCAUUUUAAUCCAAAUUUACUCAAUAAUAUUCAGGGACCAAAAUAAAUCACGUAGAUGGUUUAUGUUGUUUGGGAAUAAUGACUUUAUUUCACACUUGUGAAGUUGGCCAUAGAACACAGUGUGCACUCUUCAAGCUUGUCUAAGAAACAUUCACUUUAUAUGAUUAAGCCUUUCUGUAACUUCUCACCUGAAGUCUUAAUGGUGUACCAGGGUAAUAUUCACUGUUUAGACAUACCGUAACUGUACUACAUAACUGAACGAUAAUGUGUUUUGCACUGAAGUCACUUAGAUGGCUGUACAUAGAUUAUAUCUCUACACUCGCCUGUAAAUAUAGAUGAUUGUAAAUUAAAAUGUUUAAAAUUUC